AUGGCUAUGAGCACCUCACGGCCACCACUUUGCUUCUCUAAACUCCACCACCUCCUCCAAAGAUCCAUCUCCAUCUCUCACAUCCUCCAAAUCCACGCCCAAUUCCUCACGACCUCCCUCUUCCCCCUUCCUCUAUACUCCACCAGACUCCUCAUUUCCCUCUGCUCAUCAACUCUUCUCUCCCCUUCCCAAUCCUUCUACGCAGACCUCAUCUUUGCCCAAAUCCCCCGCCCCAACACCUCCUCCUGGAACACCAUUAUUCGACUCCAUACCAUCUCCUCAAACCCCACCCAUGCCCUCCUCCUCUUCUCCCAAAUGCGCAGAAAUGGCGUCCAAACCGAUACCUACACCUAUCCGUUUGUUCUCAAGGCCUGUGGUGCUUUGCUGGCGCGCGGACAUGGCGUGGCAGUCCAUGGGGAGACGCUUAAGCUUGGUAUGGACUUUGCUUUGUUUGUUAGGAAUUCUCUGAUUAGCUUUUAUUGCAGGUUUGGUGAUGUUGCGCUGGCAAGGUGCCUUUUUGAUGGGUUUUGUUUGAAGGAUUUGGUUUCUUGGAACUCCAUGAUUGCUGGGUAUGUUGGCUGUGGAGAAAUUGAGGAAGCACAGAAGUUGUUUGAUGAAAUGCCUGUGAGAGAUGUGUUCUCUUGGACUGUUUUGAUCGAUGGAUAUGGGAAGAAGACAGGGGAUGUUGGUUGUGCAAGAAAAUUGUUCGAUGAAAUGCCUGAUAGGGAUCUGGUUUGUUGGAAUUCCAUGAUUGAUGUGUAUGCUAGUGUUGGUCGGCUUGGUGACGCAAGGGAGCUGUUUGAGGUAAUGCCUGAGCGGAAUGUCGUCUCUUGGAGCAUCCUCAUUGAUAACUAUGUUAAGUUUGGUGAGCCUAAAGAAGCUUUGGGAUUGUUUCAGAGGAUGCUAUCGGAGGGUACUAAGCUAGAUAAGGUUGCUGUUGUUGGUGUGAUCACAGCAUGUGGCCAGUUGGGGGCUCUUGAUCAAGGGCAUUGGGUGCAUUCUUUUUUGAAGAAGAAUAAAAUCAUGUGUGAUGUUAUUGUUCAAACUGCGCUUUUAGACAUGUACAUGAAGUGUGGGAGUUUAGAGCUUGCAAGAAGACUUUUCGAGAGCAUGCCAGAGAGGAGCGUUGCUUCUUGGAAUGUGAUGAUAGUCGGGCUUGGAAAUAAUGGUUAUGGAACUGAAGCUGUUGGGCUUUUUCAUUUGAUGGAGCGAGAAGCAGGGUUGAUGGAUGAUCUCACUUUACUUGGUGUACUGUCAGCCUGUACUCAUGCAGGGUUAGUUGAUGAAGGGGUGAGCAUUUUUGAAAGGAUGAUGAUUGAUUUCAGGAUUGCACCGAAAGUUGAGCAUUAUGGUUGUGUUGUAGAUCUCCUUGGGCGUGCAGGUCGAUUGCGUGAGGCUGCAGAUAUUAUUGAGACCAUGCCUAUGAAACCAACACCUACUCUGUGGGGAUCUCUUCUUGCUGCUUGUCGGACUCAUCGAUAUGUACAAUUGGCAGAGCUUUCAGUCAAGAGACUUGCAGAACUUGGAGCUGAUGAUGCUGGGGUUUAUGUUCUCAUGUCAAAUAUUUAUGCUGAUGAGGGAAUGUGGGAUGAUGUAUUGAGGAUAAGGAGGUUGAUGAGUGAAAAAGGGAUGAAAAAGGAGAGUGGACGAAGUGUGGUAGAGGUGGAUGGUGAUAUUUAUGAGUUUGUAAAUGGUGGCAGUUCGCAUCCUUGUAAAGCCGAGAUAUUUGCAGCAAUCUGGAGUUUAUGCAAUCAUCUCGGAGAUAGAACUGUGUGAUUAUGACCAAGAGAGGCUUUUUCAGCAAAUUUUCAUCAGCUAAAAGGGGGGACUCUUUAGAUUGAGAUUCUUUACGUGGACAUGGAAGCCAUUGCAGAUGUUUUGUCUAUGCAUGAACUUUUGCCAUUUCUUUGACUGACUGAUUCAUGCUAAACAACAGAUAGACUUUGAUAUUUAUGGUGAGCCUGAAGAACCUUGGUAAUUUCUCUCUGAUGCUAUUGACAAGAGAGUCUUGUCAGAGGAAAAAAAGAAUGAAUUCACUUGGAUCUCUUGUGAAAUAGUUUUUGGACAUUGCAAUUGCUUUGAGCUUGUUGCUACAAACUGCAAAGAUCAAGUAUGUUUGUGAACAACUAUUGAGAUCAUUGUUAGCAACUCGUUAACAAUUUGGCUUAAGGAAUGGGAUUUGCUCCUGAAAUGAGGUUCUUUGAUUGGCUGGUGCACCAUUUAGACAUGCUAUUGCAUUCUGUUUGGUACUGCACUUGUCUCAAAUUUGUUCUUCUUUGAUGUGCUAUCUGUCUUGGCAAUUUAGUGUCAUCUUAGUUUUCAUGCAGACCUGUACUUAUGCUGUACGCAGGAUGGCCGAGUGGUUUAAGGCGCCAGACUCAAGUUCUGGUCUUCGUGAGGAGGCGUCUGUUCAAAUCCCACUUCUGACAACCCGCACAAAUGUUUUGGAUGUUUUCUUCUGGCUUGAGAUGAUGCAUUGCUAGUCUUGUGUGUUUUUUUUUAAUAGAUCUAUUUAUUUAUUUGUAUUUUUGAAUAACUAUUUUUGAAGUAAUUUAAUAA